AUGGUGUCUUUUGUGUAUAGGAUAAGAUGGAGUCUAGCCAAUCCAACACUAAUGCCUCAGGAAGUGCACCUUCCAUUCAACCCCAAACAGAACCCCAAUCCCAAUCCCAAACAGAAACAGAAACUGAAACCCAAUCACAAGUACACUCAUGUACUGUGGGAGGGAAGAGGAAACCCCCAAAAUCUAUGGUGUGACAACACUGCAAGAAAGUCCACAAGAAAGAUGAUAAUGGGAUCGAUAAGGGAUGAGAUCCCUUUUAGGCAUGUUGAGGGUGGAGGGUUUAAGGAGUUUGUGUAUGAGUUAAACCCUAAAUUCAAGAUCCAUAAUAGACAAAAGAUAGCUGCUGGAGUUUGGGAUUUGUUUUUAGUUGAGAAGGUCAAAAUAAUGAGUGUGAUAGGUAAUCACAGGAUCACCAGUCACGAAGGUAUUGACAUAGGCAAGACUUUAUGUGCAUGUUUGAAUGCUUGGGAGAUUGAAAAAUUGUUUAGCAUUACGGUUGACAAUGCUUCGGCAAAUGAUGGGGCGGUUGUGUAUGUGGGAAAUAGGAUGAAGGAUUUUAAUAACCUUUUACUUGAUAGGAAGUAUUUGCACUUGAGAUGUGCAUGUCAUAUCCUUAACUUGAUUGUUAAGGAUGGGUUGAAGGAGCUUCUUUGCUCAAUCGAGGGGAUAAGGAAUUGUGUAAAAUAUAUUCACUCAUCCCCAUCAAGGUUAGAUUCUUUUAGGGACCAUGCCUUAGAGAUGAGGAUGGAUGGGAUGGCAAAUGUGCCAAUGGAUGUGGUGACAAGGUGGAAUUCAACUUAUAAAAUGCUUGAUUGUGCUUUCAAGUACAAGCUUGUGUUCAAUAGGAUGGCGACGGAAAAUGUAGCUUUUCAAGCUUACUUUGAGGAGAUAGAUAAGGAUGGGAUGAAGAGAGUGGGUCCUCCGAGUAAUGAAGAUUUGGAGAAGUCAAUCUCAUUUGUUCACUUUCUUAAGAAAUUCUAUGACACAACCUUGAAACUAAGUGCAACCAAAACGGUUACAUCCAAUAUAAUUUUCCAUGAAUUGGUUAGUUUACAAGUUGAGAUUGAACUCAAAAUGAGUGAUCCUAGAGAUCCGGUCUUGCAAAGGGUGGCUUCAUCAAAGAAGAAGAAGUUUGACAAGUAUUGGGGGAGUUUUGAAAGUGUGAACAAGAUGAUUUUUGUAGCAUUAGUGUUAGACCCAAGAUUUAAACUUCAAAUGCUUAAGAUAAGCUUCCAAAAUCUCAAGGCCGAAGAAAACAAGAUAGAUGAGGUUGUGUGUGAAGUGAGAACAUGCUUGUUGAAUUUGUAUAAUGAGUAUAGAGGGGCGGAUGGCUUAGUGAGCCAACCAAUGAAUGAAGGCGAAGAUGAGAAUGUUGGAAAUGAUCUUGAAGGCUAUGAUGAUGUUCAAACCAAAAUGUUUCAUCAACUUGUGCAACAAAGGAAGGAGGAACAACUUGUGGAAAUAUCCAAUGAAGUGGAUAAAUACUUGACCGACCCUUUUGAAAGCCCUUUUACCAAAGGUUUCAAACUCUUGAAUUGGUGGAAAGGCAAUGAGAGUAGAUAUCCAAUUCUUUCAAAGAUUGCCAAGGAUAUCUUUGCAAUCCCAAGCUCAACCGUUGCUAGUGAGAAUGCCUUUAGCCUAGGCAAGAGGAUUGUUGAUCCUUUUAGAAGUUCAUUGACACCUAAAAUGGUAGAGGCAUUAGUGUGUACUAGUGAUUGGCUUAGGGCGGAUGAAUUUUGGUUCUACAAGGAACCAACGGAUGAAGAGCUUGCAUUCUAUAAAGAACUUGAAGCACUUGAAGCAAAUGUGGCCGGUACUCAAACUUCUACAACACUACCUCCUCGAUUUGAUUCCACAUCAUCAUUACCUACUAUUUGA